UGAGCCCACGCGCUCUCAGGGGGUGCACGGACAGAUUGAAGCCAUGGCCAUUCUUUUUGCAGUCGUUGCCAGGGGAACGACUAUCCUUGCCAAACAUGUUUGGUGUGGAGGAAACUUCCUGGAGGUGACAGAGCAGAUUCUGGCUAAGAUACCUUCUGAAAAUAAACUAACGUACUCACAUGGCAAUUAUCUGUUUCAUUACAUUUGCCAAGACAGGAUUGUAUAUCUUUGUAUCACUGAUGAUGAUUUUGAACGUUCUCGAGCAUUUAAUUUUCUGAAUGAGAUAAAGAAGAGGUUCCAGACUACGUAUGGUUCGAGAGCACAGACAGCACUCCCAUAUGCCAUGAAUAGCAAGUUCUCAAGUGUCUUGGCUGCACAGUUGAAGCAUCACUCUGAGAAUAAGGGCAUAGACAAAGUGGUGGAGACUCAAGCCCAAGUGGAUGAACUGAAAGGAAUCAUGGUCAGAAACAUAGAUCUGGUAGCUCAGCGAGGAGAAAGAUUGGAAUUAUUGAUAGAUAAAACAGAAAAUCUUGUGGAUUCGUCUGUCACUUUCAAAACAACCAGCAGAAAUCUUGCACGAGCCAUGUGUAUGAAGAAUCUCAAACUCACUAUCAUCAUCAUCAUCGUAUCAGUUGUGUUCAUCUAUAUCAUUGUGUCACCUCUCUGUGGUGGAUUUACAUGACCAAGCUGUGUGAAGAAAAAAAAAAAAUGUCAUUAACGAAGGAUAUGAGACAACAAGGAGUUAAAAGCAAUCCAUGUGAUUCAAGCCUUUUAAUACUGACAGAUGGUGUCUGCCAGUCUCUUCAACCCUCUUUUAUUUCUUUUUUUUUAACAUCUUGUUGUAUGCUUCCAGAUUUAUCUUUGUCCAGUUUAUUCCAGUGCCCUUCAGAUUUAACCAUUUAUUGCAGCAGUAGCCUUAAAAAGGCUUUUGUUUCUUUAGUUUGUUAAUUAGAGCCAUCUAUUUAGAGAAACAUUUUUGUUUGUAGUUGCACAUAGUUGUCACCAAGGUAGAAACCACAAGUCUUAUGAGCUGUCUGCUAAGACUUUGGAUGAACUUUGUAUUUGCACACAAAAGUAUUCCAGGGACAGCAUUGCUAACAUCUCGUCUUAAUAUCUUUUGCUAUUGAAGAGUUUUAGGUGCUUGAAAACAAUUUAAAUGGAGAAUCGUUAUUUGGGGAAUUGUAAUUAAUUUGUUGGUGCUGCUUGUUUCUAGGAGCCCAUGCAGAUAAAGUUUUAAACAUUUUCUGUCAGUCAUAUGGGGAACAUUUUGCUAGCCCGUUAGAAAUACAGAGAAUUAACCUUGUCUUUCUAGUAUUCACUUUCAAGAAGAAAGUUUUGACCUUUCACAAACCUUGCAGAGCAUGAUAUCCUCUCUUUCCCCAUUGCAGUUGAUUUGAAAAGAUGAUGGUUUAAAUAUUGAAGGUUGUGGUUUUUUAUAUACUUCUUUCUUUUCGGUGGAUAUUUAGAGCAAUUGUAUAGUUAAUAGAAUGGGUAGUGGAGGAGGUGGAGAGGCAAAUUCUUCUGGCUCCCCAGAGAAAAAUAAGAGAACCACGGUGGAUGUACUAGUGUUUUAGGUAUAUAAGGGAGAAAUAGUUUGGGAAAAUUUUCCAGUCUUGGAAAAGCCCAAACUGAAUAUAGUCAACAGUCAACUCUAGGGUUUGGGUUUGAGUUCUGUUGAAUAAUAGUUUUAGUAUCCUUUAUGGAUUAAUAAAUUCUGUAAUCUAGUUUUGAAGAAUUUUUUUGUGAAACUUGAGAAUAGACAGUAUGAUAUAUAUAGAAAUAAUACCAGACAGUUUACCAUCCAUUUAACUGCAGUGUGGGAAAACUGGAGUGUAAUCAUACUGCUUUGGCUACACUGGCAUCUGUUACCUAUUACGUAAUUUUGGUGUGUAUCUGAAAGGACAUUUGCUGCCCUAAAUCCUUUAUUUAUCAAUAAAUGCCAGUAAAUGGAAAUUAGAUUACAUUUGACUAUUUUCCAAAUGAACAAAGUAGUCUAUAAAACUUAGCCACCUGUGUAAUCCUGGUCAUGCGCCUUGAAUAUAUAUCUGUCUCAUAAUCUGGCUCAUGCUAUCUGUUCUUCCAUGUA